AACACAUUCGGCAAACCACCUUUUACCGGUCCGAAAUCGAGAUGUCGGGUACCAAGGCUGCUGCCGUGGCUGGCGUCAAGAGGAAAAGGGAAUCUGGAAAAGCAGACCGCCGCGAAUCGAAAUCGAAGACCCGCCGAAAGUCCUCUAGCGAAGAAGGCGACGGCGACCUCCAGGCCGAGAUAUUGCGCCUCGAAUCGCAGAUCCUUGAGUCGCGCCGACACUACAACAACAUUGCGACCCUGCUCCAGCUAGGGAAAAGUCAGACUGCUGAUACCGAGACCUCAAUCCUCGCCGCCGUCGCACUAUGUCGGAUCUUCACCAGACUACUCUCGACCGGGGACAUGGUGAAAAGCAAGGGCAUGGCUGAGUCGGAAGCGGUUAUUGUGUCGUGGCUGAAGGAGAGAUACCGGGAAUAUAUCAGAAUGCUUUUGGAGCAUUUCCUGCCCAGCGAGCAGCCACCGAAGCAGUCCGUGGCAUUGACGCUCCUAAUGCGUCUUGUCAAGGAGGAGUCCAAAGAGCAAAAAGACUUCAACAUUUACAAGAGUCCGCUUCCACGGAUAGUGGACACUGUGCUGCAUCUACCGGGGGACGAUCCGACACGGGACGAGUUUGUGGAGAAAUACUUCAAGAAGUUCGAUGAUAUCCGCAUCUCCACAUUUCAAUCCAUCAAAACCAUUCUCCAACCAGGCCAAGAAGACUCAGCGAAGCGUCUUGUAGCAUCUAAUAGCCUAUCACUGCUCCUCGCUUUGGACAUCGUUCCCUCCUCGAAAGAGGACAUCCAGAACCUCUACACAGAAGCUCAAGGGAAGAGUCCAGUGCCCUCUUUGAGCGCGUACAAGUCCCGGGCACAAGAAGCUUGGCUAGCAACGCUGCGGUCCGGCAUCACGAAAGAGCAGCGAAAGUCUGUUCUCGCCGUCUUCUCGCAUCAGAUAGCCCCGUGGUUCCCGCAGCCCGAGAUGCUCAUGGACUUUCUUACCGACUCCUACGACGUUGGCGGAGCCACAUCUCUCCUGGCACUUUCCGGGUUGUACUAUCUAAUUUCCAAGAAGAACCUCGACUAUCCCUCUUUCUACCAGAAGCUUUACUCCCUGCUGGAUGAGGGCUUACUGUAUUCCAAACAUAGGUCACGUUUCUUCCGGUUGCUAGAUACCUUCAUGUCUUCGACACAUUUGCCGGCGGCCCUUGUUGCGAGUUUCAUCAAGCGUCUCUCGAGGUUAGCCCUGUACGCGCCACCGGCAGGCAUUGUUGUGGUCGUACCUUGGAUAUACAACAUGUUCAAGCGCCACCCUGCAUGCACAUUCAUGAUGCACCGCGAAACACGGGAUCCAGAGCUGAAGAAAGAGAUAGAAGCAGAAGGCAUGGACGAUCCCUUUGACAUGGACGAGAAGGAUCCGCUGCUCACAAACGCUAUUGAGAGCAGUGUGUGGGAGCUUGAGUCGCUGCAGUCGCACUACCACCCGAACGUCGCAACACUAGCCAAGAUCAUUUCUGAGCAAUUCACCAAACGAUCAUACAACCUGGAGGACUUCCUGGACCACUCUUAUAGCGCGCUCCUUGAGGUGGAACUUGGAAGAGACUUGAAGAAGGAUCCAGAGGUGGAGUUUGAGAUUCCGAAGCGGAUAUUGACUACUGAUGAAGGAGGCUUGAAUGUUCUGGGGCAGCUGUUGACCCAGGUGAUGGAGUCGAGAUAAGAAUACGGAAUGAUACAAACUUCUACUUCUAUGCUCAGCUAAGUAUACGUUCUAUUGUACGCACCUACGAAGGCCUCUAGGGUAGCAGUUACGCACGUCGUAUAUCUGGAGAAUCGACGAAGAGGUCCCCUCUGGAAAAUCCUUCGAAGGCCACCAGGAUGCUUGUUACGCACGUUGCAUAUCUAGAGAAUCGACAACAAUACCAC